CGCUUCCUGCGGGCACGGCCGGGACGGGGCGGCGGCGGCGGAGCGCGACCCCGGGGAUGCCAGUGCCCGCCUGCCCGCAGCGCCCUGCCCUCGGCGAGGUGCCGGGUCCCGCCCGCGGCAUGGAGGAGGAGGAGGAGGAGGCGGCGUGCGACGGCGAGGAGCCCUGGCUGGGCAACAGCAACAACAACGCGGCCCCGGGGGGGCGGCCGGGUCCGCAGGGCGUGCGGCCCCCGGGUGAGGAGCCCUCGUACCUGCAGCGCGUGCUGCUGGAGAUCGUGGAGUCGGAGCGCACCUACGCCCGCGACCUGCGCGGCAUCGUGGAGGGCUACCUGGGGAAGAUCAUCGACGCCGAGGAGCCACCGCUGCGGCCGGAGCAGGUCAGCGCGCUUUUUGGGAACAUCGAGGACAUCUACGAGCUUAGCAGCAACCUGCUGCAGAGCCUGGAGAGCUGCGCCUGCGACCCGGUGGCCGUGGCCGUCUGCUUCGUGACGCGGAGCCAGGAGUUCGACAUCUACACCCAGUACUGCAACAACUACCCCAACUCGGUGGCGGCGCUGAGCGAGUGCAUGAGGAGCAAGCAGCAGGCCCGGUUCUUCCGCGAGUGCCAGGAGCAGAUGCGGCACGCGCUGCCGCUGGGCGCCUACCUGCUGAAGCCCGUCCAGAGGAUCCUCAAGUACCACCUGCUGCUCCAGGAGAUCGCCAAGCACUUUGAGCGCAAGUCGGGGGACGACUACGAGGUGGUGGUGGAGGCCAUCGACACCAUGACCUGCGUAGCCUGGUACAUCAACGACAUGAAGCGCAAGCACGAGCAUGCCAUCCGCCAGCAGGAGAUCCAGUCGCUGCUGCUGCAGUGGAAGGGGCCGGACCUGACCAGCUACGGGGAGCUGGUGCUGGAAGGCACCUUCCGCGUGCAGCGGGCGCGCAGCGAGCGCGCCGUCUUCCUCUUCGACAAGCUCCUCCUCAUCACCAAGCGCCGCGGGGACCACUACGUCUACAAGAACCACAUCCCGUGCUCCUCGCUGAUGCUGAUCGAGAGCACGCGGGACUCGCUCUGCUUCAGCGUGGCUCACUACAAGCACAUCAAGCAGCAGUACGGCCUGCAGGCCAAGAGUGUGGAGGAGAAGCGUGUCUGGACCCACCACAUCAAGCGGCUCAUCCUGGAGAACCACCACGCCAUCGUCCCCCAGAAGGCCAAGGAAGCCAUCCUGGAGAUGGACUUGUUCCACCCCCCGCGCCUGCCCCGCUACAGCCCCGAGCGCCUGCACAGGAGCCGCUCCUGCCAGCCGCUGGACCAGCCGCGCCACGGCCGCCGACAGUCGGAGCCUUUCCAGCGCCGCGACCGUGCCGAGACGCUGCCGGACCGGCUGUGGGGGCACGCGGGGCGCCGGCAGUCGGAGCCCACCAAGCAGAUCCUGCGGCAGCUGGGUGAGCACGGGCUCAAGCAUGCAGGCAGCGAGGGGACCCUCCUGGAGGCGGGGGAGCCCCCACAGCCCCCCAGGGCCUGGGCUGCAGCUGGGGGCGUCGUGGAGGAGGAGGAGGAGGAGGAGGAAGAGGAGGCUUUGGGCAAGGACAGCCAGGAGGAGCAGGAUGGGGAUGGGGACAAGGAUGGGGACGUGACGGAGGAGCCCCAGGAGGAGCAGGGGACCCCGGCAGGGAGCUGCGAGUGGCGCCGCGAGGUCACCGCCACCCCGGCGUCACCGGUGUCCCCGCUGCGCACCGGGGAGCUCGGCGAGGGGCUGGAGACCCCGGCGCCCCCCUCCCCACCGGGAACCCCCCCACCGGGGCUGCCUGAUGGGGAGGGUGACCCCGAGCAGCACCCGGAGGCGGGCACCGGGGAGGACCCGCGGGCGUUGAGCAGCGAGGAGGAGGAGGAGGAGGAAGGCCAUGGGGAGGGCAGCAUCCUGCCCCCCUCGGUGCUGGACCAGGCCAGCGUCAUCGCCGAGCGCUUCGGCAGCAGCCUGUCGCGCCGCGGCAGCCUGGCGCUGGAGGGGCGCAGCGGCAGCACCCUCAGCCUCGACGGCCCCCCCACAGAAAGCGGGGCGCCACGCAGCCCCCCGCCGUCCCCGGAGCCCCCCCCCGGCCCCCGGCGCCGCUCGCUUCUCUCCACCCAGGACCUGCUGCUGCUGCGCAAGAUCCGGAGCUACUACGACAACGCCGAGCACCAGGACGCCGGCUUCAGCAUCAAGCGCCGCGAGAGCCUCUCCUACAUCCCCAAGGGGUUGGUGAGGACCUCGGUCUCCAGAAUCAACAGCUGGCCCCCCCCGGAGCCAGGAAGCCCCAAAACACCCCCGGAGCCGGUGAGCCCUAAAACACCCCCAGAGCCAGUGAGCCCCAAAACGCCUCCGGAGCCGGUGAGCCCCAAAACGCCUCUGGAGCCUGUGCCGGCGGUGGAUGGAGCAUCCCCUGCGUGCCAGGAGAACGGGCUGGAGCCUCCUGCCGAGCCGCUGCUCAUUCUGGAGGAGGGGGACGUUGGCACCGGGGACCCCCCGGGGGUGCUGGCUCUUGGGAGCCCCCCCGGGCGCCCCGCCACCAGGGUGUACCAGCUGGCCCGCCAGUACAGCCUGCGCAUCAAGAGCCGCCGCCGCCGCGCCGGCGUGCCGCUGGGGGACAGUGCCACCCACACCAGCACCCCAGGUUUGCCGAAGCCGCCCGUGUCCCCAGGGGAUGCUGUCGCCCCCACCGUGGCCAGUGCCCCCCGCAGCCCGCCCAGCCCCAGCAGUGGCGGCACCGAGCCCUUCUCCUGGCCGGACGUGCGGGAGCUGCGUGCCCGUUUCGGCGCCCCGCGGCCACCGCCGGUGACCCGCAGCCGCUCGGCGCCCGAGGGGCCGGGACGUGGGGGGCGGCCGGCGGCCAAGGAGCGGGGCGGGGGCCGCAGCCGCAGCGCUGAGGCGGGCGUGGGGACCCCCGACCCACGGCGCGGUGGUGGUGGCUACCAUCACCACCAGCAGCCCGGGGGGCUGUGGGUGACGGCGCAGGCGCCCCUGGGUCCCGGGGGGCAGCGGGUGGUGGUGCUGGAGAGGCUGCCCCCCCCUGCUGCCACCGAGCCCCCCGCCUACGUGCAGAUCCGCUCGCCCACCACCCGCGAGAAGAUCUGCCUGAAGGCGGUGGUGGAGCGCUGCAAAGCCUACCAGGCUUCCGAGGAGUACCGGCGGCGCUGCCCCCCCGGGCAGGGUGAGCCCCCCGAGCCCCCCAGGCACGGCCUUGUCAGGGACCUGCGGCAGAAGUUUCAGACCCUCGACGCCGCCAGCUAGGGGGGGGCAGCCGGGAGAUGGGGCGCCCUGUGGAUCCCCAGGAGAUGGGGCACCCCAUGGACUACUGGAAGAAGGGACGCACCAUGGAUCCCCAGGAGAUGGACUGCUGUGGACUACUGAGAGAUGGAGCACCCUGUGGGCUACUGAGAGAUGGGGCACCGCAUGGACCACCAGGAGAAGGGACACGCCAUGGAUCCCCAGGAGAUGGGGCACCCCAUGGAUCCCCAGAAGAUGGGGCACCCCAUGGACCACCAGGAGAUGGGGCACCCCGUGGACCACCAGGAGAUGGGGCACCUCACGGACCCCCCCAGCUCACCCAGGACAAGGGGCACCCCGUGGACUCACAGCUCACCUGAAGGAAAGAGCCCCCCCAUGGUCCCCAAGGAGUUGUGCACCCGAUGGAGCCCAGCUGGCCCAGGAGAUGGAGCACCCCCAGGCCACCAGGAGAUGGGCAACUCUGGACCCCAAGAAGAAGGGGCACCCCAUGGACCCUCCAGGUCACCCGGAAGAAGCAGGACCCCACAACCACCUUUCACGCCCAGGAGAAGGGCGACCCCGUGGACCACCAGGAGAUGGGACUCCCCCUGGCCCCCACCCUGCCUGCCAGAAGGGCCCCCCCAGUGCACAGCCCCGGGCCCGCCUUGCUUUGACAUCUUUAUUACAA